AUGACCAAGGCCCUACUGGAAUUUGACGUGGAGUUUAACGAUGGUGCUGCCGUGCCUGCGCUCCUUACCAAUACCUCGGCAGCCGUACCCAUCAAUAACGUGUCUCACUCUCUUAUCAAGCAAAUUCAACUAACCAUCAACAAGGGAGCCGUUGCCGUUAAUGCCGAUCACUAUCAUCUAGAAGCCUACUUUGACCGGCUGCUUAACUACUCUGAAGAAGAAAAGAAAUCCUUGCUGUCGCUAGAAGGAUGGGCCACCGACACUCCCGACCAAUUCGACAACGUUAAUCCCAAUGACAUUGCAAUUGCUAAUCCAGGUAUGGCAGGCGCAGCGCUCACAGUUGCAGAAGUAGGAGACGCCAUUCGUGCCGCGUUUAAUCGCGUCACUCCUAACCAAGGAGCCAAAGAACGUGUCGGGUUGUGCUGCCAAGGACGUGCCGUCACGUUCAUUCUCAGACCCGUCAUUCCCCUCUUCUCCAGUCAGCGCUACCUGCCUCCUGGCUGUGAAUUGAAGUUUCGAAUCCUAUGGAACGAUCGAACCUUGGUCAUGAUGAAUGGUCCCAACGUGGGCGCUACGGCCGUUACCCACCCCAACGCCUCGUACACCGUGGUCAAUUAUUCUCCCAAGUUGCACAUUCGUCACGUGGACGUCAACAGCGAAUUGCACAUCAAAAUGGAGGCCGCUAUGCUGGAAAAUCAAGACAUUGCCCUGUUUCCAUACUUUACCAACAGAACCGUUACCCAUACCAUUCCCGAUGGUCGACGACGAGCACAAAUGCAUAACGUGUUUCAGGGAUACCGACCCAACUACAUGAUCACUGAGUUUCAACGAGGAACGGCUUUUACCGGUGACCUGACUCAUACCCCUUACAACUUUUGUGACAUGAAUCAAUCGUCCCUUCGCGUUACCGUCGACGGAGAAGAAAUUCCCCAUCAGCGAUUGGACCUUACCUCGCAUCAUAAAUAA